AUGGCGAGCGUGGAGAACUUUCAUGAUGACUGCUACAUUGAGUAUGUCUGCUCAGGAACACCUGGUCCGGAUGAUCUGGAAUUUCCCUGUUUGGGGAGAAGGUCUACUAGUUACUCAGUUACUGACGAGUGCCAUGUAGACGGGGUGUUCAACUCGGCCCCUGACACACCCUCCACUAUCUACCCCGAUCGUCUGAUCCGGCCUCUCCCUAGACGGACCCUUCGUUCUCGCCUUUCCUCUGACGCCGCCGACACUAUAUUCUAUCCUCCCACGCCCCCGGCGUCUCAGAUCUUUUAUGGUGUCUCUGCGGACUCCGAAGAAGCUGUGAACGAAUCGAAAGUUUAUGUGCAGCAAACUGUGGAGACUGAACUGUCACCAGAGGUUGACACCCAUAAUUUUGAGACAUCCGUAGAGCUGGAGAGCGGAGAUGAAGACGGUGCGGUAGUGGUUCGCAGGAGUGGUGUACUUCGGAGAUCGUCGUUGUCCCCUUCCGCGUCUGGCAAUCCACACAGCUUCCCUCACGACACACCCCAAACGAAGUCCUCCACCGGUGACGGCUACGACGCGUUUGAAAAUACAAAUAACAAGAAAAAGCGGAAAAUUCCUACUCCUGGAAAUUUGGGAGGGCAUCAUUCCGCGUUGUCUCCGGAGUUCGCUAGCAUGGGGUUGGUGAACUCAGCUCCCGCACCGGCACCUGCCUCGAGUGAUUCGACUGGCACGUAUUAUGGAAACGGGAACCCCGCGUCUCCUCUAGGAAGUGGAAUUUCUGGUUCUGGAAGAGGUCGGUUGGGUCGUCCUACUGUUCGUAGCAGCAGCAGGAAUCCUCUGUCGCCCAAUGCUCAGAAUGGAUGGAUGAAUGCCCGAACUCCCAGUCGGCGAGAUGGCCUGAUGUCAUCCCCUGGGCCUUCUGUUGAAUCCACCUCUGAUCAGGGAAUCAUCUCCACCGCCAUUGCAAAUGCCGCAACCCUCUCCUCCCCACCUCGGGGUCCUAGCAACGUUAGCUUACUCGACAAAGAAAAUACUACUCCGACGAAGACGCAAUUCACAUUCACAUGUGAGUCCGACUCGUCGAAGGGUAUGGCUAUGCAACGAAACUACUCGAUCCCUUAUCGUUCCCCCACUUCACCCCUCGGCCCGGCAAGUCAAAAACAGCGGGGGUUCUCAACUCAACCCACACAAACUAGCCCUACCAUGGCAGCAUCCAUGAAUCAACAGGCUCCACCUGGUACGCAAGCACCAGUCCAAGGCGGGGAGCUACCUCCCGCAGGUCCCAAAAAGAAACGGUCGCCAGCUAGCGUAUACGCUUUAUCUGCACGUCAACGCAAGAUCCAGCAGCAAUAUACGAACCUGCAUCACCCUCCAAGCCUGGAGGAUAUCUGGAUCUGUGAAUUCUGUGAGUAUGAGAGCAUCUUUGGCCGCCCGCCCGAAGCUCUCAUCCGGCAAUAUGAGAUGAAAGACCGCAAAGAGCGUAAGCGACUAGCGGAAAAGAAGCGGCUUUUGGAGAAGGCCAAGAUGAAGGGUCGCAAGACCAAGAAGGCGACGAAGAACGCAUCGAAGAAUGCCUCCCAGCACUAUCAACAUGGAUACGACCGCGCUUCGGUGGACCACUCCUCUGCCGGUGGGUCGGGUCUUCCCGACGACGAAUAUCAAGGACACGAGUAUGAUGAUGAACAUUCGCCAAUUCCGCCUUCCGCUCCUGAAUCCCCCACCGACCUCAAACCUCCAUUACCGCCCGCCGGCAAUCACCCAAAGAUUACAGCGUCUGCACCAGGCAUCAAGGGUGCUGCAGACUCCGGGGCAAGUCGACCGGCAUAA